CCAGUUUGAGGCCCACCAUGCCCAAGAGUGUCUGGUGGAUUAGAUCCGAUCCGGGCCAGUCCAAUAGCCCGCUUCGCCGCCGCCAUCGCCGCGCUUCCCCCACCAAUCCCUUCCGUUGUUGAAUCGAGUCGAGUCCAAUCGCAGGCAGCAGCAAUCCCCAACUCCGUCGUCGUCUCCAGCGAUCUCGCUCCGUUCGGAAGCAGCAAGAUGUCCGGCGAGGAGGAGGAGAACGCCGCCGAGCUCAAGAUCGGAGAAGAGUUCCUCAAGGCCAAGUGCCUGAUGAACUGCGAGGUGGCCAUCAUCCUGGAGCACAAGUUCGAGCAGAUCCAGCAGCACGCGUCGGACUCGGACCCCUCGUCGCAGGUGUCGCAGGUGUUCGAGAAGUCGCUGCAGUACGUGAAGCGCUUCAGCCGCUACAAGAACCCCGACGCCGUGCGCCAGGUCCGCGAGACGCUCAGCCGCUACGGCCUCGCCGAGUUCGAGCUCUGCACCAUCGGCAACCUCUGCCCCGACACCAGCGGCGAGGCCACCGCGCUCGUCCCUUCCCUCAAGUCCGGGGGCAGGUUCGUCGGCGACCAAGGCGACGAGAAGAUCGAGAAGAUGCUCAACGACCUCUCCCUCAUCAAGAAGUUCGAGUAGCUGCCUCUAGCUGCUUUUGCUAUUGUCAUGACAUGGCCGUGCCUUGUUCAGUUGGUCCGUCAGUUUCCCCUAGCUGCCUUAUAUCUUGUCACAUCAGGCGACAACUCAAGAUCAGUAUGUAACUUAUUUCCUAAUGAUUCAUCUUUGUAACUCUCAACAAAAAAGGGCCUUUGAUGAUGUUGCUUUCCUGUUCUUUGGACUUCUCAUAAAAGUAGCCGUGCUACAUCUAUGUGUUAA